AUGGAAGACAUGAAGUUCGCCGGCAAGGACCUUGUCUCCGUCAACGAGGGAUAUCUUAUGGUGUUUGACGCGGCGGGGAACUGGACAUGGUUGGAGGCGUAUGGGAAGGCCCGGCACUCCCAAACCCCAACUUUCCCAGAAGGGGGCUUGAAAGCAUGUUUAGCUGUCUUGUCUUGCUGGUGUGUGAUGUUCAACACAUUCGGCUAUAUCAAUGCAUUUGCCAUCUACGAAGCAUACUAUAAAAGCACCUUCCUCCACGCCGAAAGCGCCUCCAACAUCGCCCGGAUCGGCUCGCUACAUGCCUUCUUCAUGUUCUCCGCCGGCCUCAUCUCCGGCCCCUUGAUGGACCGCUAUGGUCCGAGGAUCAUCCUAAUCCCCUGCUCUCUCCUCUUCAUUCUCUCGAUCAUGCUCACCAGCCUCUGCACGGAGUACUACCAAUUCCUCCUCGCCCAAGGCAUCCUCGGCGGCUUCAUGAACGGGCUCACCUACACCCCAGCCCUAACCGCCGUGAACCAAUACUUCCUGCGCCGCCCACCACUCGCGAUGGGCAUUGCCUCCGUGCGCAUCAUCGGGUUCCUCAUGCUCACCCUCAGCCUGAUCGCCUGCCUCUCGAUCUCGACCCCGUCCGCGCGGCGCCAAUCCGGGCCCCUGCUAAACCACCGAGCCUGGCGCCACCCGGCCUAUACCUACCAGGUCGGGGGUCUUUUCCUCGUGAUGUGGGCCCUCUUCACCCCCUUCUUCUACGUCCCGGCCUUCGCGCAGUCCAGCCUGCACCUCUCCACCGACCUCUCCAAUGCCCUGAUCUCGAUCAUGAACGCCGGCUCCUUCGCCGGCCGGCUGCUGACCGGUCUGCUCGCCAACCAGAUCGGCCGAUUCAACGGGUUGGUCGUGUCUUCUGCGAUCUCGGGGGUCCUGAUCCUCAGCUGGCUCGCCGUAGACUCCCCGGGGGUGAUGAUCGUCUUCUCCGUGCUCUUUGGCUUCUUCUCCGGGGCGGUCAUCGGGCUGUUCACCGCCACGCUGCCCAACGUGAUCGGCUCGUAUUUGGGGAUGGCGCUCGGGGUGUUUAGUCUGGCGUGUUUGACGGGGCCGCCCAUCACGGGGGCGAUGAUCACUCGGUAUGGCUCGUACGAGGCGGCGAUGGUGUUUGCCCGGGUGAGUGCCUUGCUGGGUGCAGUGGUGAUUGCCAUCGCGAGGGUUUGUUUUGCAGGGUGGAGGAGAGUGGCUUAG